AUGGCUAACUUAUUCUACGAUGAAGUCUUGCGAUGGGAUUAUCAUGCAUCGAUGAAUUUUCCUCAAUAUAUCCCGUCUCUCAAAAAACAAACAAGAAACUAUAACCAACCCGUUCCUACAACGUUUAAAACCGCUGCUGAGUACAUUCAAGUAUUUACCAACAUGGUAUUACUUGAAUGCUGGCAUGCCAUCAAAUCUCCUUCAGACGAAGAUACCCCAUCACCAGUACCCUUCACGUGCACACUAUUAAAAACCUUUGACUAUAUCGAUUCAUACAAUCCUCAAUAUGGAAGAAAAAGGAAACACCAGUUACAGGGACGUGUAUCCGACGUAUUUGUUACGGUUUCUAAACUUGAGUUUGUAAAAAGUGCUGCAUUUUGUAAUGACUUGAUUUUGCUUUCACAAAUGCCUGAGAAAAAAGAAACUACAGCUGCUACUAUAUUUCCGGACCCAAAGACCCCACACGUAUUUGCACAUAUUGUUAAUGUCCGGUUUAAAGGCAACCAUGAUGUAACUCUCAAAGUCAAGAUGAUUCCGUUACAUGAGCUAGGUUUUUUUGAAGGAGCCAAGCUGCAAGGAAUUAGAGUGUCGAGCUUUCAAAGAGAAUAUACGGCUGUAAUGAACUUGCCAAAAAUGGUUAUGCGAAAUCACAUUCUCAAAGGAACAGUGAAAACAAUUAACUCGGCUAAAAAUGAUAACCAAUUAUUGCAGUAUACUAUUGAAUCAUUUGGCAUAAAUCAAUCUCAGGCACAAGCUGUAAUUUCCAGUCAAAAUAAUUCAUUGACACUUAUUCAAGGACCACCAGGAACAGGGAAAACCAAAACUAUUAUUUCCUUAAUUGGUUCACUGCUAUCUCAACCAAACAAACCAGUUCCCGACAACUAUAAAAUCUUGGUCUGUGCCCCUUCAAAUGCAGCAGUCGAUGAGAUAGUAUUGCGACUUAAAGAUGGCAUUGAUGGAUAUGGAGGCCUAGUUAUUAAACCAAAGGUGUUGCGUUUGGGUAAAAAAGAAUCUGUAAAUGUGAAUAUCCAUGACGUUACACUGACUGCCAUUAACGAAAAAGAAUUGGAAUUUCAUAAAAUUGAUUUUUAUUUAAAACAACGCCGUAGUUUAUAUGAAUCUCUAGAAGAGUCUCAAAUACAACUUGAGGCAAUUAACAAACAAUUGAAUUUUUUAAAAGAGACGCGAAAGAAAAAUGAAAAACUUAAAAAUGAAGCUAAAGAAAUACAAAACAAACUACUCAGCAUUAAACGUAAACUGAGUGAGUGUCAUAGACACAUUGAUAAUUAUAAUUCACAACGGAAUUGGAAGUCAAGAAAAGCAAUUAAAGAUUGCUGCAUUCUUUGCACAACUCUUUCUGGAGCUGGCCAGUUUUUAGUUUCCGCUCAGAAAAUAGACUUUAAAACUGUCAUCAUUGACGAAGCUGCUCAAGCUGUUGAAGCAUCCACUUUAAUCCCGCUCCUUUACAAUUGUAAGCGUCUUGUACUUGUGGGGGACCCUAAGCAACUUCCACCUACAGUAUUAUCGCCAGUGGCAUUUGGGCUAGGCUACGGGAGAUCUCUUUUUGAACGGAUAUAUAUGAAUGCCUCAAAAAGUGUGAUGGUUUUGGAUACUCAGUUCCGUAUGCACCCGGAAAUUUUGAAUUUUCCCAACCAGCAAUUUUACAAUGGGAAUAUUAAAAAUGGAGCUAAAGUUUAUGAAAAAACUUAUCGGAAAUGGCAUGGGAAGGACUCCAAAGCAUUUGGACCACUGUGUUUGUUUGAUAUGGAUAAAAGUCAUCAUAAAAAGCAUCUAAAAACCAUGUCACUCUACAAUGAGUUUGAAAUGGAGCUAGUUGGAAAGUUAUUUGAGUUGCUGAGAAAAAUACUAUUUGAUAAUUGCUUUCGAAUAAAGAAAAAAGAAAAAGAUUCAAUUGGAAUUAUUUCUACCUACAAACGACAAGCUGAAAUGUUAGAAAAAAAAUUUAUUAAAAAGUUUGGUGAAAAAAGUCUUGAAUUUGUUACAUUCAACACUGUUGAUGGAUUUCAAGGUCAAGAAAAAGAUAUCAUUAUCUUAUCCUGUGUGCGCGCAUAUAAGGAUGAUGUUGAGGACAAGAAUGUUGGAUUUUUACAAGACUUGCAAAGAAUGAAUGUGGCCUUGACAAGAGCAAAGUGCUCAUUAUGGGUCAUUGGAAAUUUCAAUACACUACGAAGUCAUCCGACCUGGGCCCGGCUCUACAAUAGUGCACGAUCCCGGGGGUAUGUUUUUCGUGUUGAGGGAGAUUUAAGUUUCAAAUGGAUAAAUGAAGAAAAUGAAGAAGAAAAAACUGGGAUUGAAGAACAAAAAGGAAAAGACAAAAACACGGAAUUAUAUUGCCAUUUUGACCGUUUACAGGAAACAAUUGUGUUUUAA